AUGGGCCACAACACUCUACCCUCACGACCAGAAGAUGGACAAACGAACAACUUCCCGCUUGUACUGGUCGACCAAAACGCCAGCAUACACGACAGACAAAUGACACAGCACUUUGCACGUGCUCAUACUGCCAAAGUGAACCGACGAAAGCAUCGGGAUGAGAUCAAGCACUCACGCAUCGAGCGUGCCACCACUUCGCGUAGAGUUGAGACUUUCAAGUCGAAGACCAUUACUGCAGUCGAGGUUCCUACGAAGCUUGCCAGAAAGCCAGGCAUCAAGCGGCCGACCGUCAGUCGUGCUCACUCGUGGCCACCCAACAGCACUCUCAUCCCGCGCUCGCUCGCGCCUGUGUUUGACGGAUUGGCUGUAUCGAGCUUUGAUCCAGCAGUGACUCCGGAAGCUGCUAGAGUGGCCGACUUUUACCUGAACGUUGUCUAUCCUGGCCGUCUGCCGCAGAACGAAGCCCUGGUACGAUUCCAAGCCUUUUGUGAACAUCGCGUCAUCUUCCAUGUCUUCCAUUACGGCGCCGCAGCAUACCAGAACCUCUCCAACAAUCAGGGGAGCGUAGCCAUCCGCAAUGAGAUGCUACAGCACAAGUCGAAGAGCAUACACGAGCUCAGCGAGCUUUUGACCAAUCUGGCUCCUGAAAACAUCGAGAUCGCUAUUCUGGCCGUCUUGUUCCUCGGUACCAGCGAAGUCCAUGACAAUAUCGAAUCAACAUGUCUACUGCCACUGUUCCCGCAUCUUCCAUAUGCCAAGUGGAUCGGCGUCUGGGGUCGCAUGAAGCCAGUCGCGGCGCAUGCUGAUGCUUUGGAUCUCCUCGUUAAUCGUCAAGGUAGCCUCGAGCAGCUGCAGAUGCCAGGACUAGCACUCAACAUUGCUCGUUUCGAUUUACGCUAUGCUAGUUUAUCACUCAGCAGCCCAAAGUUUCUCUACAAUUGGCCGAUAGAGGAAGACAUCCUGACCAAAUGUCAAGCAUUGCAACAUCCGUCAGCGGAGGCGCCUGGCAAUGGCUUCCGUGCAAUGUCAGGGAAGCUACCACCAGACCUGCUUUCCACGCUCCUGGUGUUGGCGGCUGUAGAUCAGCUGAUCCGUACGCAAACAGAGGCUGGACCAACAAAAGACCUCCAAGGUCUCGAAGGUGCCAGAAGUGGUGUGCAUCACCGAAUCCUUUCGCUGCCGAGCUGGGAGCGGUUGCCAACUCCCACUAAUGCUGACUGGCGGACCUACGAGUGUUGUCGACUGGUGGCGACACUAUACUCAAGCGCAAUAAUGUCGGGUCUGCCACCUGACACUGGCUGGAGUCGGGUGCUGGUUACACAGCUUCGAAAAGCGCUCGAACGGCACGGGUUCGUCUCGCCUACAAACACGCACUGGCUCAUCUGGGUCCUGGUCCUGGGUGGCAUUGCCUCGCUGGAUUCACGUCAUCGAAAUUGA